GAGAGACAGCUUAUAUAUACAUCCCAAAGAGGCUGGUGCUCAUAGGCACAGCUGGACUACUGGUUCACUGGACUCUAGCCCACUGGAUAUUUAGCUAGAAAGAAAUAUAUUUCACUUUUGGUGUUAAAAGAAGACAAACUUUUUUUGGUUUUACAAGGGAAGAUACUUCCGAGCACAAAUCAAGAUAAGUACUCAAUACCAGCAGUCUUUGGCUGCGGAAAACAAAUUAGUUAGUGAGAAAGACAUAAAACAAAGAUGAACAGCGUGGCAGAUUGGCUCGUGCAGAACAGGGACAAGAUCGAGAAAGGUGUGGAGAUCAUGGGGCAAGCCUCCGAGGUGCUAGCUGCCACUGUGGGCCAGCUUCACCCUGUGCUGGAGGCCGUGUUCAUGGCUUCAGCCGAGCUACUCAACAACCCAGAGGGCAAAGAGGCUCGCUACCUGUCCCAACAGUUUGAGCUGGUCAGCCAAAAACUUGAGGGAAUUCAAGAUGAGAUUGAUAAAAUUGCCCUGGAAAUGCAGAAGACAUCAAUGAACAAGCAGAACUUUGAUCGAGAGGCGCAGAUGCUCAGCCAGUAUGAAAAGUUCCAGGACUUUGUCAAUGCCAAGCCAAAGUUCAGGGAGAAGAAGAUGGAGAAGUUCCUUAGCCAUUAUGAGAACACAGAUGGCGACUUGAACUUGGACGCCCUCUACAAUGCUGUAACUGGGGAGAACAUGUCAGGAGACCCUGUUCUGGAAACAGUGGUGGCCACAGAGCAGAGAAGCAGACGGGCAGUUGAGGAUUUCUGUGCCCGCCUGAAGAAGCUUUUUGUGGUGGGCAUUAUCGCUGUCAUGGGUCAUGCUGCUCUCAAGGAAGGAGCAGUCGGUGAGGAGAUGGUGAAGAAGUGGCAGGCACGAAUGGAGGAUGUGGAGAAACGAAUGAAGGCAGCUGUGGAUGACUGUACAGAAAACUUUGCCAAACAAGCCAAGCUGGACAUGGAGCAACAGGUUCUGGAGAAUCCUGGCACUGUCGACCAAGAAUUCACCAAAACCCUUCUGGAGUCACUUGUUAAGAAAUACGACUGGGUGAACUGGUCCAUCAGGGCCUUCGGCGACAGGGAGCGCAUUUUCUUUUUCAACUGGCUGGCAGGAAAGAAGUACCAUGGAAGUGGAGGAGCCAACUGGUUUGACCUUUUGACCAAGAACAAGAUCAAAGUGGUGGUCUCUUUCUGUGUCAACCCCAAGCCCAUUUCUAAGAGUCAGAUCCAUGAGCAGAUAGAGCGGCAGAAGCUGAAGGGAGACAUGAUGGCAGUCGCUCUGGCUUUGAACAAGAGCUUCCCCAACUGCCUGGUUCAUGCUGUCAGUCAUUACAAGGAGGUGGUGGAGACCAACAACUUCCAUGAGGAUUGUUACUACUUUGGAAAACACAAAAGAGCCUACCUGUGUAUCCACCCUGAGUAGACUCACAGAGAAACGUAAACUGUGGCUGCAUACAGAUAGAAUCAAGCUACAAAUACAUUCGUGAAUGUCUUUACCAGACACCUAGAAAAAUAUCCAUGCUAUACAAACAAUAUUCCUAAAUCUUGUGUAUAUUGAUGCAUAAUCUGAUCGAUCUGGGUUCUGGUAUGUGAUUUAUUGACUUACAGUACGUUUAAUGGUUUUUGUUCUUAUACAUACAGUAUACAUAUAUGUUGAUGAUACAGCAGUUUCGGGGUGUAGAGCCAUACAUCUCCUACUUUGACUGAGCGUUAUGAAUCAUAAAAUGAUUCUGUCCACAUAGGGGUGGGUGACAUGACAAUAUACAGUCAUACCAAGGUAUUCUUCCUCUUUAGUACCUUAAUUAUCUCUGUAUUGAAUCAUUGUGGGCAAUGUUGAAAACCAAUUAGCAGGACUGCUAUUUGGAAUUAUUAGAUUUUUAUGUGAUUUUUGCAUUAAUGUGAUAACUUAUAUUUGUAAUCUUAGAUUACCCCAAAAUAUUGGUUACUUUGAGCUUCAAAAGCUUUAGAACAUGCAAGUAUGUGAACAAUCAUUUGAAACUGUUUUGUUAAAUUCUUAAAAACAAGCUACCAGACUCAACAUUUGAGGGAAUAGUUCACCAGUUUGGGAAAUGUGCUUAUUCACUUCCUUGUUGAGUAAGAUGAGAUGAUAGAUACCACUCUUGUCUGUAAAAUAUGAAGCUGCAGCCAACAGCUGGUUAGCUUAUCUUAGCACAGAGCUGUUUCCACUUGUUUCCUGUCUUUAAUGCUAAGCUAAGCUAACCAUCUCCUUGUUUUGCCUUAAUAUUUAAAAGACACACUAAAGAGGCAUCUAUUCUCUUGUAAAACUCUUGAGCAAAAAAAGCAUCUGUUGAUGGAGGCAGUGUGAUAUGGUUAAAGGCUUGAGAACAACUGAGCACGUGGCCAUUCAACUGAGAUUGUUUUGUCAAGUAUAUUUAGUUUGAUUGGUGUCCCCAAAAAUAUAGAAUUUAUAUGAUCAGAAUAGAAAUAAAUUAAAUAUACUAUAGAGUAUGUUAUUCAUAUUGCCCACUCCUUGACAUAAAUGUUUGUUAAGAAAAAUACAUUUUACCUGUUAUGCUGCUUUUGGUGCAAUCUAGUGCUGCAGUACAAACCUCUAAAAGCCUAAGCCCACAAGCUUUAUCAGAUACAAAUGU